CAGAACCGAACACACGCGCCUGCAGCCGGACUCUAAACUCCACAAGUACCACCUCACCUUACGCAGAUCCGCAGGUUACUGGCCAUGUUGAGCAGCCGCAUGGCUCUACGCCGGCUACAGAGGAUUGCCGUUGCUCCCUUGAGUUUCCCCGGCGCUGCGACAACCAAAGUGCUGAGGGAGAUGUCUUCUGUGCCACGGGUGUACGUCACCAGACAGAUCCCACCUGAAGGCCUGAAGAUCCUCCGCGACUCUGGGCAGGUGCAGUUUGAGCUGUGGGACUCGGACGACGUCCCCGUGCCGAGGAAGGAGCUGCUCCAGAAAGUGAAAGGUGUUGACGGUCUGCUCUGUGUGCUGACCGAAAAGAUCGACGCAGAACUGCUGGAUGCUGCAGGUCCAAACCUAAAGGUCCUGAGUACUAUGUCAGUGGGGUUUGAUCAUCUAUCUUUGGAGGAGCUGAAAAAAAGGGGGAUCCGCGUAGGUUACACCCCCGAGGUCCUGACGGAUGCAGUCGCAGAGCUGACUGUAGCUCUGCUGCUCGCAACCUCCAGGAGACUCAUAGAGGCAACUCAUGAAGCUAAGACCGGCGGCUGGGGCACAUGGAGGACUCUGUGGCUGUGUGGAUACGAGCUGGCCAACAGCACCGUGGGAAUUCUUGGUCUUGGAAGGAUAGGUGUGGCUAUCGCAGAGCGACUGGCACCUUUCAAAGUGAAGAAGUUUAUCUACACAGAUGUGGCUCCUAGACCUGAGCUGGCCAAGGCCAUUAAUGCAGAAUAUGUCUCAUUAGAUGAGCUGGCAAAGCAGUCCGAUUUCCUGUCAGUGUGCUGUGCUCUAACACCGGAGACCAAAGAAGUCUGCAACAAGGAUCUCUUCAAAAAGAUGAAAAACACCUCCAUCUUCAUCAACACCAGCAGAGGAGGGGUUGUGAAUCAGGAGGACCUGUAUGAAGCUCUGUCCACCGGGCAGAUAGCCGGAGCUGGACUGGACGUCACCGUUCCUGAGCCCCUGCCCACCAGCCACCCACUGUUUACCCUCAAAAACUGCGUGAUUCUUCCGCAUGUUGCAAGUGCCUCCUACAGCACCCGUAACGCCAUGUCUGCGCUGGCAGCGAACAACCUCCUCCUUGGCCUGCGGGGCCAGCCAAUGAUCAAAGAGCUCAAGCUGUGAGAACAGACUUGCCCCAGGGGACUUUAGGUUUUGUUGAACUACAGGAGCCUUGAAGUAUUUCACUGCUUUAGACUCAGAUUUGUAGACUCUCCAUCAUCAGUUGGUUUUAAUUCUUUAUAUCCAAGUAUGAAACAUUUAGCUUAAAUUUUACAAAUGACACAACACAACCCAGAAGUUGGUUUCCCAUUCGACAAUUUAUUAAAGGGCAAUUGCACUGUGUUUCUAUCUAUUUGGGCAAACUUAGCUCUUCUUGAAAUGUUAACACACUCUGACUGGACCAUCUUUUACUAAAUACAGAUUCUUUAAAGCAGCAGCUCCCCAAGUUAGGAUCAGGAUUUAUGGUCAUGAAUCAAUAAAUCUGAAGCCAUAAAGAUCCAAUGUAAGACCUUUUUAAACAUUUGUGUUUGGCCAUUUAUUCCUUUUACGAAACAAUUAAUUGUUGCAAUACAUGUGGAACAGUUGGUAAGUUUUUUUUUCCAUUUAAAUGGUGCUACAUAGAUACAUAGCGCUGCUGCUCAGCUCUCAAAUGGACUUCAACGGUAAUAAAUAUGCUCUUCUGUGGUUUUAUGUUUAUCGUAAAGAAUUGUAGAAAAUAAAAUUUAAAAAAUGGAGUAAA